AUGACGAGCGUGAACGACGCGGCGCUGGAGGAGGUCAAGCCCGCGAGCAGCGGCAGCGGCCCCGACCAGUGGAUCGAAAACCUGCGCAACGGCAAGGUGCUGAGCGAGCUGGAGCUCAAGCAGGUCUGCGAGAUGGUCAAGCUGCUGCUCAUCGAGGAGUCCAACGUGCAGCCCGUGAGCAGCCCCGUGACGGUCUGUGGCGACAUCCACGGCCAGUUCUUCGACCUGCUGGAGCUCUUCCGCUGCGGCGGAGACAUCCAGGACACCAACUACAUCUUCAUGGGCGACUUCGUGGACCGCGGCCACAACAGCGUGGAGACGUUCGAGCUGCUGCUGUGCCUCAAGGCGCGCUACCCGGACCGCAUCACGCUGCUGCGCGGCAACCACGAGUGCCGGCAGAUCACGCAGGUCUACGGCUUCUACGAGGAGUGCGUGCGCAAGUACGGCAACGCCAACCCGUGGAAGUACUGCACGGACGUGUUCGACUACCUCAACUUAGCCGCGAUCAUCGACGGACGCGUGCUCUGCGUGCACGGCGGCCUGUCGCCCGAGCUCCGCACGCUGGACCAGAUCCGGACAAUAGAGCGUCAGCAGGAGAUCCCCCACGAGGGAUCUUUCUGCGACCUCAUGUGGUCCGACCCCGAGGACAUCGAGACGUGGGCCAUGAGUCCGCGUGGCGCUGGAUAUCUGUUCGGAGCUAAGGUUACGCAGGAGUUCAACCAGAUUAACGGACUCGACCUCAUAUGUCGCGCGCAUCAGCUCGUGCAGGAGGGUUACAAGUACAUGUUCGACAAUAGCCUGGUGACCGUCUGGUCGGCGCCCAACUACUGCUACCGAUGCGGUAAUGUUGCAGCCAUCCUGUCAUUCGACGAGAACCUCGAGCGUGACUUCAAGCUGUUCCGCGAGGUUGCGGAGUCAUCGGAUGGUUUCAACCAGCGCGCGCUGGUGCCGUACUUCCUGUAA